AUGAGCGGGAACGCUUUCUUGGUGAGGUGCAAGGAAGUCUUCGUUGACCGGAAGCUGCUGCGGAGCGAGAGCGACAUUAAGAAGGUCGGCUUCGGCACCGCAGCCAAAUACACCGCCGUCCAGGCGGCCAUGCUUACCCUCCUGUGGACGCUCAAGUCAUUCGAACGGACGGCGCUGUUCUUCCCGUCCGUGAUCGGACUUCUCAUCGUCGUCCGCCUCGUGGCGUUGCCUAAGAUGUUCACCCCGAAGGACUUGUCGGAGCUGGAUGCCGCAGUGGGAUAGUCAAGCACGGCGCUCGGCACCGCGGCGGGGAAAUGAAAAGCUCGGGGAAACUCCGUUCUCUCAACGGUUGAUUUCUCUGUUUGAAAUUUCCUGCGUGCUGUAAGAUUUCAGCACCUGUCGGAGAGGAUGCAAGGCCUUUCGUGCAUGUUCUAGGCAUGCCGACGAGGCAGUUUUUGUUGAAGAGGAUGUUGGGAUGUAGUCGUGGUCAUCCAUGGCUAUAGGCUGGAGGUAGAGAGAACAGGUUUUGUGGCACGCAAUUCGCUGAUUGGCUUAAAAACUGCGGUGCAAUAUCAAAAACAGGCACGACCCAAGAUCCUUGGGCGACGGGUGGUGUCGUCCACGGUGGACUCUGGCAUCUCUCAGAGGCCCUAGACGUGGCUCAUUGGGGGGGUUCGGUGGAAGUCGCGGGUGGGACAUUCCGCAUUGAGGUGGCCUGAUCUGAUAGGGGUGUGGGGGUGGCAGUUGGUGUUGUACAUGUACUCGCCGGUGGAAGUCGUUGAGCGAAAUGGCUCAGCAACAGCGUGUUAACAAUAAUUUUUAUGAUUUGUAUGGAAGGUCGACG